AUGGCUCCCAACCCCCCCCACCCCCGUAAACCCAGCUCCAGCAAACCCACCACCAUUGCCCCCUCAUCAAAAUCUGCUCCCGCAAAACAGCCCAAAAAGAAAUUCGUCCCGAAAACGCACACAACCGCCGGCGUCGCCAUCGGCAAGAACAAUAAAAAGCACAAGGACCCCAAAAAGCAGCGCGAAGCACUCCUCGCCAGGCUGGAGAAGGAAUUGCCGAAGCUGAAUAUGGUUACUCCGGCUGGCGUGGUCAAGCCGAAGGGGAGGAAGAAGGGGAAGGUCUUCGUCGAAGAUCGGGAGAAGAUGAUGGGGAUUUUGAAUAGGGUUAGUGAUGGGGUUGAAGGACGGGAGAGAUCGAAGUUGGAGAGGGCGAGGCAGUUGGAAGCUAUUCGCGAGGAGAAGAGGAAGGAGGAGGAGAAGAGGGAGGCGGAGAGGAACAGUCGGAUGGAGGGUGCGAAGGAUGCUGUGAGGAAGAAGCGGAAGCGCAAGUCUGCUGGGGCUGCCCCCGAAGCACCGAAAAGUUCGUCGGAGAAGACGCCUAAAGGGAGGAAGAAAAUGGUCACUUUCACUUAACCUCCGCUUUGCCUUCUAAUAUAUGCUACGAGUGAAGGAUCUAGGGGAGGCUUUUGUAAUAUAUCAUUGCGCGACGUGGGGUUUUCUUCUUCUUCAAAAGUGGGAAGUCAAAAAGGCGUUUGGUAUUAUUUGGUCUAUUCACGUGUCAAUUAUUCUAUAAUUAUAUAUGUGCGCCGAACAAA